AUGGAGCUUGUUUCUUUCCUGGAAGAUGUUCUGGCAAGAAAAACCUUGUCUGUAGAUAAAUUGGAUCAUUUGAAAUCUCAGCUGGAUCUUGCAACCUGUAGUGAUCUAAUUUCUCAAUUGGAGGAACUGAUCUUAAAAUGUGAACCUUUGGAUUCAGCCUGCAGCAGUAGAAGAAGCUCCAUUUCAUCACAUGAAAGUUUUAGCAUCUUGGACUCUGGUAUUUAUCGAGUCAUUAGUAGCAGAAGAGGUAGUCAGUCAGAUGAAGACACUUGCUCCCUUCAUAGCCAGACCUUCUCAGAAGACGAGAGACUUAAAGAAUUCACUUCACACCAUGAAGAGGACCAGCUGGAUCAGGGUUGUGGCCCACAUGGAAAUGAAGACAAUGUUUCUCACAGUCCAGUGACAUUUGAGACAGAAAAGAAUGAAACUUUUCUUCCCUUCGGCAUUCCAUUAUCAUUUCGUUCUCCAUCUCCUCUUGUGUCUCUUCAGGCUGUCAAAGAAAGUGUUUCUAGCUUUGUACGUAAAACUACUGAGAAGAUUGGCACCCUUCAUACAAGCCCAGAGCUUAAAGAGAUACCAGGGCCCAAAGACGAGGAUCAACCAUGUGAGGAGGAAGUAAGCUCAGUUGCCUGCCCACAGGAGAACAAUACUGAGGAAACAAAAGAGAAAACUAGUCAACCAUCAGAAGACAGGUUUCAAGAGCUCACAUCAGCCACAGCAGAAGCAAUAACCAAGCUACAGGAACCUCUGGUUUUAUUUGAACCGAAGACUUUGAGGAUGGUUUUACGGGAUUGGCUUUCACAUUUAGAAAAAACAUUUGCUGUUAAAGACUUUGCAGGCAUUUCAGAUACUGGCAAUUUACUUGUGGAAUCAAACCAGAGCAUGCUACUGCUUUGUGAGUCACAAAAGGGAAGAAUAGAUGAAGAUAAUGAAGAAGAAAAAAGGGAGUGCUUAGGUGUUGAAGAAACUGUUGGUCAAAUAGCAUGUGAGUCUGUAAGUAGUCUGAAGGAGCCAUUGGAUGACAUUUUUCGAAUAUGUUCUCCAUGUGCCAUCCCAAACAGUCUUCAGAAGGAUCUGGCUGAAUUGAUAACAUUGUGUUUGGAGCUGAGUGUAUUGAGUUCUACAGUCAAAAGCCCAGAUGAAUGUGUGGAACACAUAUUGCAACAGUGCUCUCCUGAAGUUCUGGCUUGCCAGUUCCUAAAGAAGUAUUUUUUCCUCCUGGACUUGAAAAGAGCAAAGGAGAGUAUCAAGCUUAGUUACACUAACAGCCCUUGUGUUUGGAAUACUUUUAUUGAAGGAUUGAAAGAAAUGGCAAGUUCUAAUCCUACACAUACGGAGAUGGGAGAAGGAGACCUACCAACAAGAUUAAAGUUGUUAGAAGCUUCAGUUCCUUUUGAUAGUCCGCUGUUGAUUGCUUAUGCUUCCUGGUUAUAUGAGAAGUUUGGGGAAUCUGCCCUGCGAUCCUUAGUCAGGUUCUAUCCAUCUAUUUUGCCUUCAGAUGUCAUGCAGCUUUGUCAUAAGCAUCCUGUUCAGUUUUUGGCCUAUUUAGACAAUCUGGUGAAAUCAAGGCCUGAAGAUCAGAGGUCAUCCUUUCUUGAGUCCCUUCUACAACCAGAAUCUUUAAGAUUGAAUUGGUUGCUUUUGGCAGUGUCCCAUGAUGCUCCACCCAGCACAAGCACGAUGGAUGAUGAAGGACAUCCCAGUCAACUGAUUCUUCAUCUAGUGAAACUUCCUGCAGAUUUUACAACCAAAGAGAAAAUGACUGACAUCUGCAAGUCUUAUGGUUUCUGGCCUGGAUAUCUUACUCUCUGUUUGGAGCUGGAGAGGAGAAGAGAGGCCUUCACCAACCUUGUGUAUCUGAAUGAUAUGAGCCUGAUGGAAGGAGACAAUGGUUGGAUCCCAGAAACUAUAGAGGAAUGGAAGCUUCUCCUACAUCUCAUACAGAACAGGAGCACAGGACCAGUUCCACAAGAGUCACUAAAUGGGACCUUCAGUGAUGGGCCUGCCCCCAUCACCAUGGAGAAUGUGGCGCUCUUGUUAGCAAAGGCCAUGGGCCCUGAUCGGGCCUGGUCACUGCUACAGGAAUGUGGUCUGGCCCUUGAGUUGUCAGAGAAGUUUACCAGAACCUGUGAUAUCCUGAGGAUUGCUGAGAAAAGGCAGAGAGCCUUGAUACAAAGCAUGCUUGAAAAAUGUGAUCGGUUUCUCUGGUCUCAGCAGGCCUAAUGGAGGAUUUGGCAGAUUGUGAUAAUGUUUUGGAAAACAAAAACAAAAAAAAGCAAAAAAUCAUGCUUCUGAACCUUCUGAGUGCAUUUGUUACUGAAGGAAAGGUAUCACUCCCAAACCCUGUCAAAUUGUGGGGGCUACGCUUGUUAGUGUCUAUAUUGUGACAUUUGUGGCUCUGUGACCUAAGUGUUUCUCAACCAAAGUUUAUAGCUGCAUAGUAUUUAUUCUAAUAUAUGAUAAUAUUUGCUCAUUGCUAGUGAUUUGGGGGGAAUUACUUUCUAUUAUGAUCCUGUGUUGGGACCAGAAGAAGCUCUUUGUUAAAUGAAGAUAAUGUUAUUAACCAGAGUUGUGUUCUCUUAUAUCUUGUCUAAGGCAGUCUAGAAAUUACUAAAACAGAUAGGGCCUAGAAUAAUGGAAUUGUCACAUCUAA